AUGGGCAUCCUUUUCAGCAAGGCGAAGCCAGUCGAGACAGACUCCGAGCGGGAGGAGCGCAUUGACAAGUCUGAGCAUUCCCAAUGUACGAAAGUUGUGACUCCAGACAACUUACCAAUGUGCAUUAAAACGUUCAACAAUGUGCUUUUAAAGUGGAGCGGAUUGACGAAGAAUGAAGUGAUUUUCGACUCUGAAAAUAAUGAUUGGGAGAAAUUCGUUGAGGGUAUUGAUUCUGUCGGACAAAACACACUUUUUGUCAACAUCUCACAGAACGGUUAUGUCUUUGGGUGUUUCUGUGGACAGAAAAUAACACCAGACAAGACAUGCAUCGCGCAAGACGCGCGGAAUUUCAUCUUCCGACUUGUCAACCCAAAAGACCCAACGGAUAACCCACGUCGGUGGGUGUUGUGCAACAACAAAAACAAUCAGCAAGACGAAUUGAUUGACUGGAUCAAAGUGUACAAAAAUGAUGAACAAAUUAUGUAUGAAGUUGGCGUGUGUGGGUUUCGUAUUGCAAAGAAGACAACUAACAAGAGUUAUUAUGACCACAUUGAGGACUGCCACGGACCUUUAAAUGUCGACAAGGAACAUAGUAAAUUUUACUUCGACGACUGGACAAAGUCUGGCGAAUUUUUCGACAAUAAACGUGUUAUUGUCCUCAAAUUUUCAUAA